GUGAAGACUGCCAACUUCUUCUUGUACCCAUCUUUGAUUCGAAUUACAUCAUCAGAUCGGUGACCCCUUCUAUACUGCUAUAUUCAUACGCUCACAAACCCUAUUGUAAUACCAUUGACGUCUCCUCACUCAGCUCUUAACUUGCCAAAGUACCUGAGCAAACCCCCUGAGGAUGAACGUGAUCAAACUCCAAAGAAAAUAUCCCCAGUUCGAGCAGUCGGAGAUUUUCUCUCUCCAAGAUGCUUUUCGAAAGCUGGAUGUUGAUGAUAAAGGCUCCUUAGACGAGGCAACCGUUAUUAAAGCCACCCAACAAUCAGAACGAAAGCCCUAUGAUGUUGUGCGUCAGGCCUUGAAAGAAGUUGAACUCGACAGCUCUCGCCGAGUCGAGCUCGAAGAUUAUGUGGACGUCACUCAUUUCUAAACUCCGCUUUGCCUCGACGCAGAACCAGGCGGCUUCGGCUCCUGCACCAGUCCUUCCGGGUAAUGGAGCCGGCCCGUCUCGACAUGUCUCCAAAGGCAGUAUAGGAGGCAGGAUUCAUGUCCAAGGUUCCUCGGCGAAUGUGACACAUACGAUUAACGAGGAUGAGAGAACAGAAUUCACUAGGCACAUAAAUGCUGUUCUUGCUGGUGAUCCAGACAUUGGUCACUCCCUACCCUUUCCUACCGACACGUUCGAAAUGUUCGAUAAAUGUAAGGACGGCUUGGUGUUGGCGAAAUUGAUCAAUGAUAGUGUCCCGGACACUAUUGAUGAGCGCGUUUUGAACAAAGCCGGGAAGAAGAUCAAAGAACUGAAUGCAUUCCAUAUGACGGAAAACAACAACAUCGUGAUCAAUUCAGCCAAGGGUAUUGGCUGUUCUGUUGUGAACAUAGGAAGCGGCGACAUCAUAGAAGUGCGUGAGCACCUUAUUCUGGGAUUGAUCUGGCAGAUUAUCCGCCGUGGUCUUUUGGGCAAGAUUGAUAUCAAAUUGCACCCUGAACUGUACAGGCUCCUGGAGGAAGAUGAAACUUUGGAGCAGUUCCUACGCCUUCCACCGGAGCAGAUUCUUCUACGUUGGUUCAAUUAUCAUCUGAAGAACGCAAAAUGGAACAGAAGGGUGACAAAUUUCUCAUCUGAUGUUAAGGAUGGUGAAAAUUACACCGUGCUUCUGAAUCAAUUGGCCCCAGAGACCUGCUCGCGGAGUCCUCUUCAGACCCAGGAUGUUCUUCAGAGGGCAGAACAAGUCUUGACGAAUGCGGACAAACUGGGCUGUCGGAAGUUCCUGACACCCUCCUCGCUCGUCGCAGGGAACCCUAAACUGAACCUUGCUUUUGUGGCGAAUUUAUUUAACACUAUUCCAGGCCUCGACCCAAUCACCGAAGAAGAGAAGCUCGAAGUUGAAGAUUUUGAUGCUGAGGGUGAGCGGGAAGCCAGAGUUUUCACCCUGUGGCUCAACUCUCUCGACGUACAUCCCGCUGUCAAUUCUCUAUUUGAUGAUCUUAGGGAUGGAACUGUAUUGCUGCAAGCAUACGACAAAGUGAUGCCUGGCAGUGUCAACUGGAGACACGUCAAUAAGCCUCCGGCUUCCGGGGGAGAAAUGAUGCGCUUCAAGGCAGUGGAGAAUACUAACUACGCCACUGAGCUUGGGAAACACGUGGGAUUUUCCUUGGUAGGUGUACAAGGAGCGGAUAUUACUGAUGGUCAGCGAACUCUCACGCUUGGUUUGGUUUGGCAACUAAUGCGCCGGGAUAUCACAAAUACACUCUCGGGCCUAGCCAAACGUAUGGGCAAGCGCGAGAUAACAGAUUCGGAGAUGAUCAAAUGGGCAAACGAAAUGUCGCACCGCGGUGGCAGAUCCUCAUCGAUACGCAACUUUAAGGACCAGUCGAUCGCUUCAGGCCUUUUCCUCCUUGACGUGCUCAAUGGCAUGAAGAGUAGCUAUGUCGACUACGAUCUCGUAACGCCUGGUCGGAACGACGAGGAGGCAUACGCAAACGCGAAACUGAGCAUCAGCAUAGCGCGAAAGCUAGGUGCCACAAUUUGGUUGGUACCUGAAGAUAUUUGCCAAGUGCGCUCUCGCCUGGUGACUACUUUUAUCGGCUCUCUGAUGGCCACGUACGAAAAGAUGCAGUGAUGGCUCGGUAAAGAUGUACACCAGCGGUGCACCGCGCUUUUUCCUAUCUACUCCUUUGUGAAUUCUUACUGUCUUCAAAGUAUAUGUACGUACUAGUCAUGAUGCAGACAAUAACAAGAUGCUUCAAUCCCCACCAUCUUGGAAUGGCUGUAUGUAAGACAGAAUUUGUGUACGAAUAUGGGCAUUCCCACAUGCCAUACUUCCUAUUGCCUCGAUAGCCGAUAAUCCUGACUCUACAACUGCAAAGU